AUGGAUCUUCCAGUGAUGUCGAAGGUUUGCGAAGUUCUUCGCUUGCUUUCCUUCAAAGCGAAGAAAUUUCCUCGAGCAAUCCUCAUCUCGCGACCAGGACGCGUCCAACCAGACCCCGUGGAGGAGCAAAUUGGAGAAAGGGAGGAGAAUGAGAGGAACUCGGGAUUUAUCAACAGGUCGUUCUCCAACGACGAAACAUACGAGUACAAAGGCGCCUCUCUAAACGAUUACCGGAACGAGAAGAGCGCAUCGAGCGUGCAUGAAGCGGUCGAUUCGAGGGAGGAGGCAAUUCCCUCCAGGGGGCAGUGGGCGAAUAAAACGGAGUUCAUCCUUUCAUGCAUCGGUCUCUCAGUAGGGAUUGGAAACAUUUGGAGAUUUCCAUUCCUGGCUUAUCAGAAUGGCGGAGGUGCAUUCCUUCUGCCGUAUGUCAUACUCAUGUUGCUCAUUGGCAAACCUCUCUACUAUCUCGAGCUCGCUCUCGGCCAGUUUACGUCGUCCAGCGUGCUCACUUUGUGGAAAUGCGCGCCUGCUUUCAAGGGUGUGGGAUAUGCCCAAUUGGUUACGGCCACUAUAGUGGCGAUAUAUUACAAUGUUAUAAUUGCAUACACUGUGUUCUAUAUGGCACAAAGUUUCCGCUCUGAGCUACCGUGGGCUUCCUGUGAAUCCUGGUGGGGAGCGGACAGCCAGUGCUACGUACGAAAGGAAGGCGUGGCGCGGUGCGAUGUCGAAAGGAAUCGCCUCGUGGAUCUGUUUGCCGCUCGAGGUCCGGUGGCUGCGGGUUUCACGAUCACCUCGUCCACGAAUAAGACGGCGGUCGUAGACCCGAUGCUCUACAACUCGGUCAUGAGAAAUUGCGCGAACGGUACUGAGACCGCCAGUCAACAAUUUUGGACCAAACACGUUCUAGGUCUGACGGAAAGCAUCGAUAACAUGGGAUCCAUACGGUGGGACUUGGCGAUUUGUCUUGCCUUUUGUUGGGUCCUCGUAUUCUUAUGUCUGAUGAAAGGCGUGAAAUCUACUGGAAAAGUUGUGUAUUUUACUGCAACCUUCCCGUACGUUGUUCUGCUCUGCCUACUCAUCCGCGGACUGACUCUCGACGGAGCUCGCGAAGGUGUGCUUUAUUUCCUUCUGCCCGAUUGGUCCAGAAUCACGGAGCUCCAGAUUUGGCGCAAAGCCGCAGAACAACUCUUCUAUUCCCUAAGUGUUGCGAACGGUGCCAUCAUAAUGUUCGGCAGCUACAAUGAGUUCCGUAACCCUGUACACAAGGACGCGUUUUUUAUUUCUACCAUGGAUUUCCUGACGUCGCUCAUCGGGGGUAUCGUGAUUUUUUCUAUUCUGGGAAAUAUGUCUCACGAGCUCGGAAUUCCUAUCGAUGAGGUAGCAACGCAAGGUCAAGGUCUCGCAUUCGUAGCGUACCCCGAAGCACUCAGUCGUCUUGUUUGGCCCCAGCUCUGGUCCUUCCUGUUUUUCUUCAUGCUGUUUCUACUAGGUCUCGACAGCGAGUUCGCCAUGAUAGAAACGCUGCUGACGUCGAUAUACGACGAAAAACCAGAGCUGCGGAAGCACAAAACGCUCCUCACGUUCGUGGUCUGCCUUGCGUGCUUCUUCUUGGGAAUUCCUUGCGUGAUGCAAGGAGGGCAAUACGUGUUCAACCUAAUGGAUACAUAUGGAGGAGGUUCCGCUGUCGUAUACAUCGCCAUAUUCGAGGUUAUUGCCAUAGCUUGGGUGUAUGGCUUGAAGAGGAUUUGCGGUGACUUCGAAUUCAUGCUGGGACACAAACAGUCUCGAUUCUGGAAGGUGUCGUGGGCAUUCUUCUCGCCCGUAAUUUUGAUAUUCCUCUUCUUGUACGGUCUCGCGACCCACGAACCUCUAUUAUAUGAUGAGAAAAUCGCCUACCCCGCAUGGGCGGAAGGAUUGGGCUGGAGCAUGGCGUUGAUGUCAAUGGUACAGGUACCCUUUUACCUCUUGUACGCUCUCUACAAGUACCGUCAUGAUGUACGCCUGGCUUUCCGACCGACAAAAGACUGGGGUCCCGGGAAUGCGGCAGAACGAGAGGCCUACGAUGAGAUUCUCCGCCAGCAGCGAUCUCCGCCGCUCGAAAUCGUCCCGAGAAAUCAUUAG